UUCAAUUGCCCAUUAAAUGGAGGAACGUAACGCCUCACUUAUCCCUUCUGAAAGUCAGCGUAUGAGUCGAGAAACCUGCCUAUUUUCCUCAAAAGUACGUAAUGUCACGAUUCCAAAGCUAUGCGAUAUUUCAGAGAACAAUUUAAUUAUCUCACAUCUCGGAAAAGAUUUGUAAUGUUGUACUUCUUGUUGACGAAACUCAUGCUAAUUUUGGGUUUUUGAGCUACAGCCCAAUUGACUCCCAUUCACUCCCUGAAGGAGAGCUCUCCUUGUCCCAGAAUCGCCCAGAAUGCACCGCGCGGCCCAUUGACGACGCAUGGGCAACGUACAAAAGGUCGUUAAUACGAUUCCAAUCUCCUCAAAAGUAUCUCUGGAGUACAGCUACGACCAGAAGUUACUUUUCGUAGCAGGUUAGGAGAACAUUUUAGCUCACCCUAAACCUUUUUCUUACCUUAACCUAAGUCUCCUAACCUGCUACGACAAAGUCACUUCCGGUCGUAACUGGACUCCCUCUAGUCAUGCAUUGUUGACAUGCUAGUCGGAACUCUGAAAUGUUCGACUUGCUAACUGGUUGUAGUUAUACACGUGCCACGUUCAACGAAUCAGCAAGUCGGAAAUUGUGAACGCAGCAACAGAACCCGCAUCGAGCUAUCCUCCAGCGCGUCAGAUUUGACAGCAGAAGCUACGCAGCCAAGUUUAUUUGAAGUUUUUACACAGCCAGCAAACACUUACAACUCAGCCUGUAGUGUGGAUUGUAGAGGUUUCGAUCAAGAUGAUUUUGCUGACAAUGAUCGCUCGAGUAGCAGAUGGACUGCCGCUUGCUGCGUCGAUGCAAGAAGACGAGCAGUCAGGAAGAGAUUUGCAACAUUACCAGAGCCAGGCUAAGCAGCUGUGCCGCAAACUAAAUGCCCAGAGUCCCAAUAGAUGUACUCUGGAGGCUGGGGUUAUGUCCUUCCACUAUGUAAUAGAACACGGCGUGUGCUACUUGGCCUUGUGUGAAGCUGUGUUUCCCAAGAAACUGGUCUUUGGGUACCUGGAAGACCUCCAGACAGAAUUCAAUGAACAGCAUGGAAAGAAAGUCUCCACAGUCUCCAGGCCGUACUCUUUCAUUGAGUUUGACAUGUACAUCCAGAAGACAAAGAAGAACUACAUUGACAGCAGGGCGCGGAGGAACCUGGGCAGCAUCAACACAGAACUGCAGGACGUCCAGCGGAUCAUGGUGGCAAACAUUGAAGAGGUCCUGCAACGAGGAGAGGCCCUAUCUGCUCUUGACACCAAAGCCAGCAAUCUGUCCAGUCUUUCAAAGAAGUACCGCAGCGACGCCAAGUACCUCAACACCCGAUCCAGCUAUGCCAAGAUAGCAGCCGGGGCAGUCUUCUUCAUUACACUCAUCAUCUAUGUGCGUUUCUGGUGGAUCUGAUGGAUUGGCAUAAGGACUUUGAAAGAGGAGAGUCUGGAUUCCCUUUAAACAAAUAUUUAAACUCACUGGUACCUAUUAAUUAUAGGCUAUCAAAUUGGUGGUUUCUGUUAACAGCAAAUCUUAAGUUCCUACAUGGAUGCCUUAGGGAGAGACCUUGUGAGUAUUGGAUGAGUGUAAGUCGCUCUGGAUAACAGCGUCUGCUAAAUGACUUAAAUGUAAAUGAGUGGAUGGAACCGUGCCUUUUUCAGCUUUGUCAUGUCUCGUACCUAGGGUCCUGUGUUUUGCUUAAAACGUGUCACUUGACCUAGAUUUUAACCUUUACUUUAAGCCUUUUCCAGAAAUGAGAAUUAGACCAAAAAUUAAAGCAAUUGUCUGAGGAUGGUGCUGGAGCAUCUGACAGAUUGAUGGAAAAAGCUUUAAAUUAAAGGUUAAAAUCCAGGUCAUGUGACAUGAUUAACCAAACACAGGGCCCUACAAUACCUGUAUAAAGAUACUGCCCUGUGGUUGAUAAUGUGAGCCAAGUGGAGCUUUCUGUGAAUUCAUAGUGCUUGUACAAUCCCAUUAGCUGGAGCAUAAAAGAGAUGGAAAAUGCAUUGUUUACAUUAUUCCGUUACUUAAUUUUUUACAAUGUCUCUUUGUGAAGGAAAAUUCUAUCUAUAUGCAAAUGGUCGUAAGUGUGAAAACUCUUUAACAUGGCAAAAAAGUUGAGUUUAUUGUUUACAAAAGUUACAGAACUGCAAAAUAUGAUUUGUUGAAAUGUAUAUUUACUAUCUUAAUGUUUAUUUAAAAAAAUUAAACACUACAUGUUGAAAUGAGAAAUAACACUCCCUUCCCUCCAAAAAAUACACACACACACUUGCACAGUCAAACAUACACACUCAAACAUGGGCUCACCCAUACAAAUGCUCAUACUUGUUAUACA